AAAUUGCUUUAUCAUCUGGAGAAAAGUUUAGUUUCCGUCAACCCAUGCUUUUUUACGUUGAUUUGGACCAUGCAUAGCAAUACAAUUAACUUUGUGAUGGAAAGCGAUGAAUAUAUGUGCGAGGUAUCACGGGACUGCUGAGAUGCCAGGAUAAUCAUGUUCCCACAUAAUUAAUGUUUUUUUCUGCGAAUUUUAUUUUGCCUUUUACUUCAUCAUGGUCGUUUUCGGAUUAAGAAUAGUAAAUGUUUAGAGGGUGGUCACACACACUCCCAAAGGACGUCACUUUAGUAGCCCCCUAAGUGCUGCCGUAUUAAAACAUGAGAUAAGAAAAACUAACCUGUUAAAUUGUUCUCUCAUAUGACGUGUGUAGGUAUGCAUAAGUUUCAUUGUAGGUGGCACAAUGAAUUGACAGGAACCAGUGGAGUUACAUUUUACCUUAAGUGGGCAAUUCAAGAUUUGAGCCAGCAAUUCUUGGGUUGAUUGAGAUCACCUCCCUUCGAGUCUAAUUAGAAGAGAGAGAUGGUUUGGAGGAAGGAACACUUGGACCUAAUCUUGGUUCCUUGUGGGUUAUCUAUUAUGCUUGGCUACCAUCUCUUCCUUCUCUACAGGUGCCUAAGAUGUCCACAGACCACUGUGAUUGGCUAUGAGAACCACUAUAGACUAGCUUGGGUAGAGAGAAUGUUGCAGACUGAGGCAAAGAACAGAGAUAUUCCUUUGUCCGUGAUCUCGAGCACCAUAACAGCUUCGACUUCUCUGGCAUCAAUUUCCCUGGCUCUAAGCUCACUAAUUGGUGCGUGGUUCGCGAGCUCUUCAAAUAGCAUCUUGACUAGUCCUUUCAUAUAUGGCGACACAAGGCCUACUAUUAUUUCCAUCAAGUACAUCAGUCUUCUGAUAUGCUUCCUGCUCGCCUUUGCAUCAUUUGUCCAAUGCGUACGGUGCCUGGUCCAUUCCAAUUUCCUGAUCAGCAUGCCAAAUAGCGAUGUUCCAGUGAAGUACGUGCAGAGGGAAGUGAUAAUGGGAGGCGUGUUCUGGUCCCUCGGUCUUCGUGCAAUCUACUUUGCAACCACUUUGCUGUUGUGGAUCUUCGGUCCAAUACCUAUGUUUGUUUCCUCAAUAACCAUGGUCAUGAUGUUGCACUUCCUCGAUACCAACUCCACACCGCUACAUCAAUUUCAGCCAGCUUGUCUCCUCUAAUAAAAGGGCCUUAGAGCUUUGUAGAAGUUUGAAUCUCAAAGGAAUUUUAGAUGCAUGGCAAUGUUCUCUAGGAUCCCCUAAAUCAUCCGGCGGAGACAUUUUUGGGAUGGAAAAGUUUUUUGAGUCGACAAGAUGUUGAAAUGAUUCACGUUUUGUCCUCUAGUUUUUCUUGGUAGCAAGUUGUAAUAGUUUGUGGCUUUAUUUUACUUUCCAUUUUCAAAUUCAUCUGCUGCAUCCAUAUGCACCUUCCAGUCUUCUGAUUGUUUAUGUAUUAUGAAGCUAAAAACAAGCCACUUGUUCUGU